AUGUCAGACGAAUCAGAGAGAUCGGCGCCUUUCUCCAAAAAGAAAGAUAGGAAAAAGAAGAAAAGAUCUAAAAAAAAUAACGGCAAUGUGGAAAGGGUGACCAAGUCUUCUGAGAAGGACACCCUUCCAGUGCAACAGAAUGAUCAUCAGCAGGGAGAGAUGGGAGCAGUGGGUGGACACACCCAGAAGGAGGCUUCCCCACAGCAGGACUCUGAAGGGGAGAACGUCCACCCAGUUUCUAAGUGGUCAGUCGAUGAAGUCUGUGCACUGAUAAGGAAAAUCAGUACUGAAGAAAUCACAGAAACAUUCAAAGAUCAAGAAAUAGACGGAGAAGCAUUGUUACUUCUUGAUGAAACUGACCUCCAGGGAAUGAUCCCUAAGACUGGGCCAAGGCUCAAGUUAAAAGACGCCCUUGCAAAAUCUCUCAAUGAGUUGAGCAAAAGGGAACUUGAUGCGUCUUACCAAAAGUUACAAAGCACAACCAAGAAUGGGGGCCUUCACGUCUUUGUAGAUGACUCCAACAUAUGGAUCGAGGGGAAAAAGGCCGCAGCUCAGCAAUGGGGGCUUUUGUGUGAUGAAGACCCACGUCUUAGAAUUGAGUACGGUAACUUCCUUGAUUUAUUGUCAAGCAAGGAACGUCCAACCUCUAGUGUCAUAGAGACAGCAAACAUGUAUGGGUCUAUACCACCUCCCAAUGAUUCUCUGUGGGGUAAGAUGAGAGAAAAGGGUUGGAAAGUUGACUUAAAGGAGAGAAAUAUAAAAGGAAAAGAGAAAGCUGUCGAUGCUCAACUAAUGAUUGAUGCCAUCUGUUUUGUCGAGCAAAACAAAGAAACAGGGGGAACAAUUGUUCUAACUUCUGGGGACAAAGACUUCAUUCCAUUCAUUAACAAAGUUUUAGAGUAUCCCGCUUGGAACAUAGAGGUUUUCUAG